UGUCAAGUGUCAUUUAAUUGUCACAAUAUAGCCGACGAACAGAAUUUGUACACGUAAAGCAGUAACUAUGAUUUGUUAAUUUUUUUUUACAGAAUAAUGAGAUCUAGACUGCAAAAACAUUGAUGACAUACAUUUUCUUUUAGCUAUACAUUAUUUUGCUUUAUCAUGUCGGAUUUAGGACGUUGGCUUCAAACAGUGCCAUUAUUUACCAGAUACUGGUUUUGCCUUACAAUAGGUCUAAGUCUUGCUGGCAGAUUUAAUAUUCUAAACCCAUACAAUCUCAUAUUGACAUAUAGCAGUAUUGAGAAGUUUCAAAUAUGGAGACUGAUCACAUCUAUCCUAUACUAUCCAAUAACACCACAAACGGGAUUCCAUUUUCUCACAAAUUUGUAUUUUUUGUACAACUAUUCGAAACGACUUGAAGAAGGCACUUUUGGUGGAAAACCAGCAGAUUAUCUAUUUAUGCUCAUAUUCAAUUUAAUAUGCUGUGAUCUGUUUGGAUUGUUCAUGAACAUAACUGUUUUAAUGGAUGUAAUGGUAAUGUCAGUGUUGCAUGUAUGGUGCCAGUUAAAUAAAGAAACUAUUGUCACAUUCUGGUUUGGAAGCAGAUUCAAGGCAGUAUAUUUACCCUGGGUUUUGCUUGGAUUUAAUGUGGUCAUAAGUGGCGGUGGUGCCAUGGAAUUGAUUGGAAUUGUUGUGGGACAUUUCUACUAUUUUCUAAUGUUCAAAUAUCCUCAGGAAUUGGGAGGACCAGUGCUAUUACAAACGCCUUUAUUCUUAAAGAAUUGGUUCCCUGAUGAAACUGGUGGUGUGCACACGUUUGGAAGUCCACCAGAGAGACCUGGUUUUCCACCAAGGGGGCCUCAUGGAAGAGAUUGGGGAAGAGGCCACGUUUUGGGUGGCAAUUAAGUAAUAGUUUACGUCUAAUUCUACUAGAUAACUUGUUUACUUUGUUUUUAAAAAUAACUAAUAAAAUAAAAAAAAACAUUG